GCCACCCCUCCAAUCGUUUGAAAGCACAACCACUCGACUUUGCUUUGGACGUGGGCGAUACCAAAACACAACGUACCUCAUGUUUGCGUGCUUAUUUACAAUAUUCAAAAACACUGACUGAAAACUAACGGCUUACAUUAUUUAUUAGCAGAUAAUAGUGUUCUGUGAAUAACAGUGACAUUCGGUGAAAAUAUCGGAUUGGAUUGUGUUUUGAAAAUUUAUUUUUUUGGAUUUUCGUGAAAAUGACGGCCUCUACGAUGAUUGAACUGGAAUCCUGGAUUAUCUACCAGUGUGUCCUGAACGAGUGCCAUGUGUCUAGCUGAGCUGUCGUCGAUUCUCGUUUAACCUCCACGAAGUUUACUUUUGACUUGUCUCCAUGGUUUCUACCUCAAUGGAGGGCGGCGCGUGGUGCGCCCGCGACAUCUCGCUGCGCGCGCAGAAGAAGUUCCUCUCGCGCGUCGGCGGCUCCGCCAGCGCGCGCGCACUUGUGCUAGACGAGCACGCCGCCAAGCUGCUCGACCAGUUCCUCUGCGUACUCCGGUCCCGAGUGGAGAAGCGCGAAGCUGAAAAGAUGGUGAAGCACGUGAUCAAAGCGGCGGUCAAACUCGGCGUGCUGCGGCGGCACUCGCAGCUUCUGUCGGCUGACGAACGCGCGCUCGACGCCUUCCGUUCCAAGUUCCACACUGUGCUGAUGGCAGUGGUAUCGUUCUGCGAAGUGGAGUUCUCCUACGAUCGUGAAUUCCUUCAGGACGCUCUUCGCGAGUCGCAUCAAUCACUAAAGUCAGUGGUAGAACGCCACCUCUCGGACAAGUCCGUGUCCCGCCUCGCGGGGGUAUUCGCGCUCGUCUCCCGCGCCGACCUCCUCGACUCUCUCUUCGCCGGGCAAAUCGACGCCGACGUGCUCAAGCUGGCCCGCAUGCUGCGCAAGGAGCUCGACCGCGGCCUCCUAUAAUCCACCCGUCCAAAGGUCUGUGUCCAAUCUCUAGCGGGAAUAACCCCCGAAUCAAGGAUAUAUCGGGACUGACAAUCCCAUACAAAAAACGUGUACCUCUUAAAUGGAUAAAUGACUAGAUGAUGCUAUAUCACAGCCUGGAAGUGGCAAAAAAUCAUUUUCACCAAUAAUUUUGCGUGUUUUUUAACAACAAAUAUCAUUAAUAGCAUUCAAUGCACAUUUAAAUUUUGUAGGCCUGUUCAACGUAGUUAAUGAUAGGUGGCGCUGAAAAAUGGAGGUACGAUGCUUAGUAUGAAGGUUGUCAAUCCUUUAAAUCAUCCUUGCCCCGAAUCGACGUGGGACGUUAUCCUCACAAAUGGGGACUUUUCUAUGUGACGAAUUUUUUGCACUGUAGGAGGAGUUCUCGGUAGAUAGUUCUUUAACACUUUUCUUAAAGAUGUCACGGUAGGACGGGGAAGCCGAAUUGGUGUCGAGAACCAAUGUUUAGCGGCUUCGCAUGACAUUGCCACGAAUAGAUCUUGCUUGAGCCUAAUCUCACUAUUUAUAUGUUAUUUUUACACGUUUUUAAUUUUUGUACCGCUUGAAUUAUAAGUAUAAAACUCCCGUGAGACUCAGACAUAUUUAAAAAUAUUUUAAGCGGGUUACUCACGUCUUAAGUCUAAGCUCCUCGGAAAUGGAGCGAAACAUGUCGAGCGUUAUAUCGACUUAAUACGUGAGGAACCCGCUUGAAAUAAUUUUAAAUACGGCUUAAUUAAGUGUAAUUUUGAGCGAAAAUGUAUAGUAAUAUUGAACUACUGAUAAUUUUUUGCCAUAAAUUGUCUUGUCAACAUCGAAUAUUGGGAAGAAAUUAUGAGUGCAUUUUUACUGCAAAACAUGAAUACUCAUAAAAUAUUAAGUCUCAUUGGUAAAAAGCUAUGCGCAAAAUAAUUUUCUUCCGAUUACAUUUAUGCAAUAUUUUUAAAUAAUUGAAAUCCGUAUUAGAUUAUGCAUAUUAAACAUAUCUUUUAGAUAAGUAAAUGUAUAAAUUCUGCUGGCGAUUUCAAUGAAUCAUGUCUCAUGUAAGACAAAUUAAUGGAGGAAUAUGAAUAUAUAAUUUUUUUGCUGAGCAAAAAUUAGCCUACAAUUUUAUUUAAUCCAAAUUUGUGUAACGAAAACAUUUCACUCAUUUCACGUGCAUUUCGUUACACAAAGGAAAAAGACUUUUUUUAUUCAAGGCUUGCCGUCUCGUUUGCCAGUAUUCUACAUGACGUAGUUAUAAGUUUAUAAAAUGACAUUAAUAAUAGGAAUAAUUGUUUUGAUUGCUAUAAUUUAUUAGUUUUAUGUUGUGAAGUCGGUCUGUUGAAUGGUUUAAUGUUAGGUAAUUAAGGUUAGAAUGCAUUUAAUAGCUGUACCUAAAUGUGAUUUCAAUGUUUAUCGGCGUUAUUUUAUCGGAUUUAUGUUAGACUAUAAGAAGGGAGCUCCUACCAUGAGUUUCUGACGUUUUAGAAUACGUUACUCGAGAGCAUAAAUGUCAAGAAUAUGUAAUUUUUGAAAAAAAAAAUAUGUAAUUUUUAUUUUUUUAUGUAAAAAAAAAAGUAAUUUUUGAUUCGAGACUUCUGUUGCAUGAUGUGUCUGUUGAUGCAACUGGCCCUAAGUAACCGUUUGCGGACGCUGUUCGCCUUCUUAGGAAACGUACCCAAACUACGCGACACGUUUAGGGGGAGGGGGGUCGUCAAAAUACUACCCUUGGUCACAGAGGGGGAGGGGGGGUCUAAUUUCUUGUCACGUAACCAGUGGAAUAUUGGCCUAGCCGUGGCCAGCACUGGGACGCAUAUAUAUGCUGGUGAUGAGUCUUGUGAGUGGGGAGUCUUGGCAUAUACUACGCUUGGUCACCCAGGGGGGGCAAAAAACGGCACAAAUAUGGUCACGUAGUUUGGGCAUGUUGCCUUAUAACGAUUGUGUUUUUCCGUGACGUUUAUGUUAUCAAGUAACGUGUUAAAACUCACGGUAGUCAUACAGUUACCAACAAGCCUAAAACAUGACAUAAACUGAACUGAUCUAACGAAAUUGUCUUAGUUGGUUGAAAAUAAUCUAAGUGUAUAUUUUAAUUUAAUAACAAUACCCAAUUUUAAAACUUUAAUAGCGACAUAAUUGUAAUGUUAAAUACAAAUUGUCCAAAUAACAAUAUUUCGAUAUUAUCUACUGUACGUAUUAAAAUAUAUCGAUCAUUUUAUCCAUAGCUGUGUGUACGAUAUACUCUCUAUAUCAACUGUAUUGGACCAAAACUAUAUCGCCACGCAGUCAACAUAUCUGAUAUAACAGUCAUAUCUCAUUUUGUAUUAGCAAUAAUAAUUUAAACUUUUUGUAAUCGAAAUUAUUUCGGUUGCGUAUUUUUAUGGGAUUAUAUUGUUAUAUUUUUGUAUACUAAGAAGUUACAAUAGGACAUAAAGACGAUAACUCAUACAACUAACUGACAAAGCUUAGAAACACGAACGUAGGCCAUAAUUUUUAUUAUAUUUAUGU